CGCUGGAGCAGAACAAGGAGCCCGAGGCUGCCGCGUUGUCACUCAGACACUGGCGCCCUGGCUCAACCCGGGCUCUUGUGGGAGGGAGUCUGGCAGCGUUUGCAGCUUGGGAGAAAGAGGUCGGCGACUUCGUUUUCUCUUGCAAGCCCUUGACACAGUCAGGGCGCUGGUUAGAAAAAGGAGACGCACGCCCUGGGAGGACGCAGCUUCGACCCCCGCCGCUCGGGUACUGCGGGCUAGCGCCCACUAGCUCUUUGGGUCCCGGGUCAACUUCAGCCUGGGCGCCUGCGCCCCACGCCUCUCUGGAAGCUCUGACUAGAGGUCUGCCUGUGGACAGACGGGCAUUACACAGCUUUCUGGGCUGGGACGCAGUGGAUGCAGAGUGUCACAAGACAGGGUCGGUUGCCCGGCGGCGAAGAGCGACUGAAUCUCGCUGGUCGCGCUGCAGCGUGCGCGCGUUCGUGUCCCCGCGGACACAUCUGGGCGUGGGCUUUGUUCAGAUGUGCUCACACCUGGGCGAAUCGCCGUGAGCGGGGGGUGAUGCUGACUGUCCACCCCUGCUUUCUCAGUCCUGUCGAGGACUCGGGGAAUCAGAGGGGAACAGGAUAGACACCAGGAAUGGUGCGCUGGGGACACUUGCUUUGUUGGCUUCCAGGAAUUUUUGUGAUACUCUCCAGUGAAACCCAGCACUCCUGCUUGCUGAAGGCUUUUUACCAAGGCUGCUUUCAGCUGUUGACGUCACCCUGAGAAAAGGUGGGUUUGAGAAAUCAGGGAAGCAUUGGAGGUUCCUGACUCUGAGGAUCUUCUGAAGAGCAAUGCUAAGAAAACCUUUGACUUAAGGAAUUAAAACGAAAUACCACUUCUUCAGUCCCCUGCAUGAAAAAUUAUUUAAACGCCGCACACCAAUCUUCUGUGAGAGAAGAAAAGGAAAUUCCGUGCGUGGGUCUCAGCAGGAGUGCAGCUGAUGCAGCUUAAAAUAAUGCCGAAGAAGAAGCAGAAGCACUUAUCUGCAGGCGGAGUGCCCCUGAUUCUCUUCCUGUGCCAGAUGAUCAGCGCUCUGGACGUUCCUCUUGAUCCAAAGCUCCUUCAUGACUUGGUACAACCUCCAACCAUCACUCAUCAGUCACCCAAAGACUACAUCAUUGACCCUCGGGAGAAUAUUGUAAUCCAGUGUGAGGCCAAAGGGAAACCUCCCCCAAGCUUUUCCUGGACUCGUAAUGGAACACAUUUUGACAUAGACAAGGACCCUCUGGUCACCAUGAAGCCUGGCUCAGGAACCCUUGUCAUCAACAUCAUGAGUGAGGGGAAAGCAGAGACCUAUGAAGGAGUCUAUCAGUGCACCGCGAGGAACGAGCGAGGAGCUGCUGUCUCCAAUAACAUCGUUGUCCGCCCGUCCAGGUCGCCCUUGUGGACCAAGGAACGACUUGAACCGAUAAUACUCCGGAAUGGUCAGUCAUUAGUGCUACCAUGUAGGCCUCCAAUUGGAUUACCUCCGGCCAUAAUAUUUUGGAUGGAUAAUUCCUUCCAGAGACUUCCACAGAGUGAGCGGGUCUCCCAAGGCCUAAAUGGGGACCUUUACUUCUCCAAUGUCCUCCCAGAGGACACCCGUGAAGACUAUAUCUGCUAUGCCAGAUUUAAUCACACUCAAACCAUCCAACAGAAGCAGCCCAUUUCUUUGAAGGUGAUUUCAGUGGAUGAAUUGAAUGACACUAUAGCUGCUAAUUUGAGUGACACUGAGUUUUAUGGUGCUAAAUCUAGUAAAGAGAGGCCCCCAACGUUUCUAACUCCAGAGGGCAAUGAAAGCCACAAAGAGGAAUUAAGAGGAAACGUGCUUUCGCUGGAGUGCAUUGCGGAAGGCCUACCUACUCCAAUUAUUUACUGGAUCAAAGAAGACGGAACGCUUCCUGCCAACCGGACGUUUUAUCGGAACUUUAAGAAAACCUUGCAGAUCACUCAUGUUUCCGAAGCAGACUCUGGAAAUUAUCAGUGCAUAGCAAAAAAUGCAUUAGGAGCCGUCCAUCACACCAUUUCUGUCACCGUUAAAGCGGCACCCUACUGGAUCGUGGCACCUCAAAACCUCGUGCUUUCCCCGGGAGAGAAUGGGACCCUCAUCUGCAGAGCUAAUGGCAACCCGAAACCCAGAAUUAGCUGGUUAACAAAUGGAGUCCCGAUAGAAAUUGCUCUUGAUGACCCCAGCAGAAAAAUAGAUGGCGAUACCAUUAUAUUUUCAAAUGUUCAAGAAAGCUCAAGUGCAGUUUAUCAGUGCAAUGCUUCUAACAAAUAUGGAUAUUUACUAGCAAAUGCAUUUGUAAAUGUUCUCGCUGAACCACCUCGGAUUCUUACACCGGCAAACACACUGUACCAGGUCAUUGCAAACAGGCCUGCUUUGCUAGACUGUGCCUUCUUUGGGUCUCCUAUGCCUGCCAUUGAGUGGUUUAAAGGGACGAAGGGAAGCGCUCUUCAUGAAGACAUUUAUGUUUUACAUGAUAAUGGAACGUUAGAAAUUCCUGUGGCCCAAAAGGAUAGUACAGGGACGUAUACUUGUGUCGCAAGGAAUAAAUUAGGAAUGGCAAAGAAUGAAGUUCACUUGGAAAUCAAAGAUCCAACCAGGAUCAUUAAACAACCUGAAUAUGCAGUCGUCCAGAGGGGGAGCAAGGUGUCCUUUGAAUGCAGAGUGAAACAUGACCACACCUUAAUCCCCACCAUUAUGUGGCUGAAGGACAAUGGAGAGCUGCCCAAUGAUGAAAGGUUCUCCACUGACAAGGAUCAUCUGGUGGUAUCUGAUGUAAAGGAUGACGAUGGUGGCACCUACACAUGUACAGCCAACACAACGCUGGACAGUGCUUCAGCCAGUGCUCUGCUCAGGGUUGUCGCUCCUACUCCAACUCCAGCCCCCAUUUACGAUGUCCCGAAUCCUCCCUUUGAUUUAGAAUUGACCAAUCAACUUGACAAAAGUGUUCAGCUGACAUGGACCCCAGGCGAUGACAACAAUAGCCCCAUUACAAAAUUCAUCAUUGAGUAUGAAGAUGCAAUGCAUGACGCAGGGCUGUGGCACCACCAGGCUGAAGUUUCUGGAACGCAGACCACAGCCCAACUGAAGCUGUCUCCCUAUGUGAACUACUCCUUCCGUGUCAUGGCAGAGAACAGCAUUGGGAGAAGUAUGCCGAGCGAGGCAUCAGAGCAGUAUCUUACAAAAGCCGCAGAACCAGAUCAGAACCCCACGGCUGUGGAAGGAUUAGGGACAGAGCCAGACAACUUGGUGAUUACAUGGAAGCCCCUGAAUGGUUUUCAAUCGAAUGGGCCCGGCCUCCAGUACAAAGUGAGCUGGCGCCAGAAAGAUGGUGACGAUGAGUGGACGUCUGUGGUUGUGGCCAAUGUGUCCAAAUACAUUGUUUCUGGCACACCAACCUUUGUCCCAUACCUGAUAAAAGUUCAAGCUCUGAAUGAUGUGGGGUUUGCUCCAGAGCCAGCUGCAGUCAUGGGGCAUUCUGGAGAAGACCUUCCAAUGGUGGCUCCUGGAAAUGUACAUGUCAACGUGGUGAACAGUACGUUGGCAGAGGUGCACUGGGACCCUGUUCCUCCCAAGAGUGUCCGAGGACACUUACAAGGGUACCGGAUUUACUACUGGAAGACUCAGAGCUCCUCUAAAAGAAACAGGCGCCACAUUGAGAAGAAGAUCCUCACCUUCCAGGGCACCAAGACGCACGGCAUGCUGCCAGGGCUACAACCAUACAGUCACUAUGCUCUCAACGUCCGAGUGGUCAAUGGGAAAGGGGAGGGCCCAGCCAGCACGGACAGAGGCUUCCAUACACCAGAGGGAGUCCCCAGUGCUCCCUCAUCUUUGAAAAUUGUUAAUCCUACACUGGACUCUCUCACUUUGGAAUGGGACCCGCCAAGCCACCCAAAUGGCAUCCUAACUGAGUACAUCUUAAAAUAUCAACCAAUUAAUAGCACACACGAGCUAGGCCCUCUGGUAGAUUUAAAAAUUCCUGCCAACAAGACCCGCUGGACUUUGAAAAAUUUAAAUUUCAGCACUCGGUACAAGUUCUAUUUCUAUGCACAGACAUCAGUGGGGUCAGGCAGUCAGAUCACAGAGGAAGCCAUAACAACUGUGGACGAAGGUAAGAAGGCUGGUAUUCCUCCACCUGAUGUAGGUGCAGGCAAAGUCCGUGCAGUAAAUCCCAGGAUCAGCAAUGUCACUGCUGCAGCUGCUGAGACGUAUGCCAAUAUCAGUUGGGAGUAUGAGGGACCAGAGCAUGUGAAGUUUUAUGUUGAAUAUGGUGUAGCAGGCAGCAAAGAAGAAUGGAGGAAAGAAAUUGUAAAUGGUUCUCGGAGCUUCUUUGGGUUAAAGGGUCUAAUGCCAGGAACAGCAUACAAAGUUCGAGUUGGUGCUGAGGGGGACUCUGGUUUUGUGAGUUCAGAGGAUGUGUUUGAGACAGGACCAGCAAUGGCAAGCCGGCAAGUGGAUAUUGCAACCCAAGGCUGGUUCAUAGGUCUAAUGUGCGCCGUUGCCCUCCUCAUCUUAAUUUUGCUGAUUGUUUGUUUCAUCAGAAGAAACAAGGGUGGUAAAUACCCAGUUAAAGAAAAGGAGGAUGCUCAUGCAGACCCUGAAAUCCAGCCCAUGAAGGAAGAUGAUGGGACGUUUGGAGAAUACAGGUCUUUUGAAAGUGAUGCAGAAGAUCACAAGCCUUUGAAAAAAGGAAGUCGAACACCUUCAGACAGGACUGUGAAAAAAGAAGAUAGUGACGAUAGCCUGGUUGACUACGGAGAGGGGGUGAACGGCCAAUUCAACGAGGAUGGCUCCUUUAUUGGACAAUACAGUGGUAAGAAAGAGAAAGAGCCAGCAGAGGGGAAUGAAAGCUCAGAGGCCCCUUCUCCUGUCAACGCAAUGAACUCCUUGGUUUAAGUCUUUAAGCUCUGUGCCAAUGUCCAAUCUCUCUGGAAUGGUUUUCCUGAACACCUGUCAUCCCUCUCAUACUACGGACAUAUGGGUAGAAAGAAUGUUUUCUGCGGUGUAUGAGUAUUAUGAGAACAGAGCAAGAACAUGACUCAGUCAGAUGAUGCAUUAAUGUGAACUGGGGUGCAAAGUGCAUACGUUUGUUUUUUUUUUUUUUUUGGUUCGGAGUGGGUUUUUCUCAAUUUCUUUGGAACUGAUUAAAAAGAAAUACAACAUCAUCAAUAGAUUACAUUAUUCCCUGUGCGGGAUCCAGUUCAAUAAGAUGCAUGAGACGUGCUGCACAGAGGACACACCUGUGUAUGGGAUUGCGACGUGGUUGGGUACUUUGUUGACACUAUCCUCAGCUGAACCCUAAAUACGAAUUCCGUUGUCAUUGUGGAGAGUGUUACUGUAGUGUUCUCUAGAACUUCAGUGUCUCUGUGGACAUUGCUGUGAAACUCGCGACCAUGUCUAGCUGGCGUUAGUCUUUUUGAGAGACUGUUAGGAACAGUGUGUACAGUAUAUACUUGCUACAUGAGUUACUUAUGACAGUUGCAUCCGCGAAUGCUUGCCGAGACUCUGAAACCUGUUCUUUGCUCCCGGUACUUCCUAGGCGUUUUAACUUUCCGGGUGUCACGGCACUACACUAUCUGCGUUCAGCCCUUUGGGGGCGUAAACAUUGCGCAUUGUGACACCCUCUGGCAUUUGUGCCGUACUCUAAGAAUUGAAGUCAAAGCUCCCAAGUGAAAAUUUUAAAUUUUAGUCCAGAAGAUGCAGGGCAAGACACGCAGUGCCUUCAGACAAUGAGCACUCCCUGACUCCCAUACUCUGUAUCAGCCAGUGUGGGCAACUCCAUCCUACGCGACUGCUGUUGUUGGAAAGGGACUUUUCAAAGGCGGAGAUAAUUCAAACUGAAACUGGGAACAUAAGAACAACUUUAUUUGAAGGGGCUUCCCCCCCACCCCCCCAAGAUAUCAAACCCAAAGCUCUGCCAUUGUCUGGAGCACAUGAUGGUUUUGUGGUCUUUUGUGGUUUCUAGCCAAACAAGUCAAGUUGAAAAAGAAAAAAAAAAUGGUAUAGAAAUGGAUAGAAAACCAAAUGAUUGCAGAAGUAAAAGCGUACAUCAGCAUGCCUAAAAUACUAAAUUAUUCACUCUGCCUAGACAAGCUUUCAAAUUCUGCAGCAUUCAGCAACGUGUAUGCAAAUUGCAACAGGCACACUCCAGAAUCUGAGAAAUCUGACCAGUGCUUAAGUAGGCCAGCAGUCAAAGGGAUUACACCUAUGGUCUAAAGAACAAAUACGUAUAUCCUAUCAUAGCCAUAAACAGUGUGUGUGAAAUGGCUUGCCUCCAACAUAGAAACCUAUGACAGCCUAUGGUUGAAGGGUGCUCAGUUUCAUUUGCCAAUAAAUUGGUUCCUCAUAACUUGCAUCAAGUUUAAUUUUAAGUAAAGCCUUUUAUAUGUAGGUAUUCUGUUGAAUUUGUAAAUAUACUUAGAGUGUAGAAGCUAUAUGCUCAUAGGUGUUACGUGCAAAUAAACAUGCAAGCAAUGGUUAUGUUCUCCCGUGUGAGAAGCAGGCUCAUUGAUGAGUGUAGUAAGUAAGUGGGACCAGGAAACAUCCAAAUGACUUUCAUGGUGUUUUGGAUUUAUUUUUUUCCCACUCGACUUUUGUCUGUGAAACUGAAAUAGUGAACUCCCUCCCCCCCCCACCCCGACUUCUUUAGUCUGUUGCUGGCUGAAAUCCUCAGUGUUUUGCCAAUGGAGUACAUUAGGGUUUGCUACCGAGUACAGGUAAAGCUUGUUUUCAAGUGAUCCUCCAAAUGAAGUGACCCUAAAUACUCUCAUCUCUUCAUAUUCACUCUCCACAAACCAGCCUAUCUAUUGAAAAUACAAAAUAACACAACAGGCUUGCCUCAACAUAAUAAAGCGCAAAGACAAAAGUUCCUUUCAAGUCAUCAUCGUCUUCAGUGAAAGACAAAUGUGAAGUCUCUGCUCUUCCAUAACUAUAGAUGCUAAAUUUCUCUGUGCAUGAAGUCAUGCCUGUAGAUAACUACAGAUUUUCUAUUAAAAAUGAAAAAUUAAGUGUGGUUUCAAAGCCCCCGCCCUUGUACUUAGUCAUGUUCCUGGAGGGGUGUAGGUGUGUAGCAGGUGUACCCGGACAGGAUGUAGCUUCUGGACUUCCAUCUGAAAAGUGACUGCUAAACAGCCCAGCUUGCCUGGGUUUCAGCUUCUUCAAAUCUGUACUUCCAACGAUUUUUGAAGAAAUUCUGACAUUUUUUGUUGUGUUUUUAAAAAGACUUUGGACUUUAUCACCAAAGUAAAAAUAAGAAUUAGUAAACUAGAGAAGUCGGGAACUUUUAAGUGGAAGGUUAGGGCUAGUUAAGCAGGAAGAGAUAGAUAGCAAGAAUCCUUUGAAAACAGGUGAACAAAUCUGGUUCUUUGUCGAGUCUCACAAAAGCCCGAUUGCUGGUGCCCUGUCCGUAUAACCAGUGCGGACUUCCUCGCUCCUCAGCCAUGGUCAAUUUAUAUUUCUUAGCAUGGCUACUUGAUGAGAGAGUUUGAACACGCAUACAUAUUACAAAUAUGUCAUCGGCUUCCUUUUCUCCACCUCCAUUCUUCUGUCUCCAAGCUGUACAGCUGUGCAAACUUCCAAGCCUAGCAAUUAUCCACAUUCCACCUGCCCCUGAGUCACCGGCCCCUGGUUCUAGCACUGCAUCCAGGAGACCUACCUGCCUUGCGCUCUCAGAGAUUUAGAUUGCUUGCUAUGAACGUGAAUCAGAGGUGUCAUAUAGAGCUCAGUAUUCCUCUCACAAAGGACAGGCUGGCUGCUCUCGGACCCUCCCUUCUCUGUCCUCAUUGUGGGCCAAAUUAACAAACCUUAGCCUCACUCUACAUCAUGACACGGCUCCGUGGCAACAGGAGCUUUGAAACUUUAAGCAUGACCUCAGAAAAGAUCUUGUAGUCAUAAACCGGUAUAAGCCCCCUUCUUCACGGGUUUUAAUGACUUUCGAGGUAAGGGGAGUCUAGGAACUCAGGGAUUUUCAGCCACAGAAUGAAUCACUUCCACUUGAGAUGUUUCUGCAGCUGACCACCAGAGGGCGCCUGUGCUUUAUCCUGCGUAGAAGAAACAUGCUAGAGAAAGCGGGCUAAUGACCCUGGCUGAAUUGGUUUUGGAUAAUUAAAUGGUGACCUGAUGGUGCAGAAAAUGAUCGCCAAUUCCUGCUAGGGAAAUGAGAUUGCAGCUCUCCCCAGCGAUUGCAUGAGUAUGUGAACCUUUUGCAUAAUUUUUUCUCUUGAUCGGGCCACGGUGUGUCAGGGGAAGAGUUGCCCCAGUCCACUGGCCAUGUUUGUCAGGUAUAGGUGUGUGUGUGUGUGUGUGUGUGUGUGUGUGUGUGUGUGUGUGUGUGUGUGUGUGUGUGUGAGAUGAUAAAGGAAGGGAGUCCUUAAAGUGGCCUCACUUCCUUUCUUUAAUGAUACUAUUUUUGUCUGCCACCAGUGGUUUGAUAUUUUAUUAUUGACUAGAACACACGCGAAAGUACUUUAAACACUACCCUCAGCUCUUAUGAUUCACUUGGGAGACAGGGAGAGAAAAGCAGAGAAUAUCACUGCAGUAUUUGUACUGAAAAGUGGCUCAGUGGGGUGGAAAGAUCAAUCCCAGAGAGAAGGAUUCGUAUUCCAACCCCAGCAUCAGCCAGCAGUGUGGCCUGCAGGAACGCCUCCUCUCGUCAUUCACUCCACAUCUGUCUCCUCAGUCAGACAAUGACGGGGCAGAUCGUGUCUAAUGUGCCUUUCUAGAUUAAUCUUGUGUGUCCUAGUAACAAAACAGAACAAUCUGAGCGCCUGCUAAAGCCAGGAACAAACACAAGCAAAGCCAGGUGUGAGUCCUGCUCCCGUGGGGCGUGGAGCCUAGGGUUUCAAGACAGCUAUAAUCAGAUGGCUUCCUGCGUGGGUGCAGGUCCUCACUUAGGUAAGAGCUCUGAAGGGAAAGCAUAAACAAAUGGUAGUGGUAGUGCUGUCCACCUUGGUAUGGUGGUCAGGAAAGUGACUCUGAGAAAGGAAGUGUGCGUGGAUAGGAGAAAGGCAAGGAGAAGCCGUAGAAAGUCAAGGGGACAAAGCUGGCGAGCAAGUCACCAUGCUUGCCUAGAUGCAGAGGCCAGGCUCUCCUGGGUCUGAGGAUCACGUGACAAGCAUCUACAUUUAGUCAAGAAGCAAUGAAAAUUGAGUGGGUCAAGGAACUUCUACGAUUAAGAGCACAAGAUUAAGCCAUGGGGCCCAGAGGAAAUUGCCAGGAAGAAUAUGAACUAGAGGACUCAGGAUGACAUAUGAGCCAGAAACUGUCAUCGUAGUGUCUAGGAGCAGGAGAGCGCCCUCUGCAGGAGGCCAGUUACCAGGUGCUCCAUGUCUCUGCAAAGCAGGAGGCUGUGUUGAGGUCGAAGUGAGGGAAAGACCAUUGCAGGAACAAAUGUCAGAUGUUUCUGCCUGGGUCUGGACACCACCCCCACCCCCCUCCGACAGAUGCCCACCCACUAGUCAUCCCUGUCUCUUCUCUCCAGGCUGUCUACUGACUUUCAAACAACUCAGGUGUCUCAGUAACAAACAGGCUCUUGCAUCAGUUAUCAGCCGUCCUCCAAGUUUCAUGGUUAAAAUAGUUGAAAUAAUAGCAGGAGAAGUAUAUGAGGAUAAUUGUAAAAGACACCAGUGGCCAGAUCAUACAUCCUUUGUUCCUUCUAUGGCUGUAAAAUUCCCCAGUCCCUCCCAGUGUGCCCUGUAGACUGAGUCUUUCUUCAGCUCUAAGUGUGUGGUUCAUUAUCUCAGCAGGCCACUCAACAACAAAAGAGAAUCUUUCCAUCAGACACUAUCAGCCAGCUCAUUGAAGUCACUUGCCUGUAUUAAAAACUCAAUUCUUGUUCACCCCAGCCCACAAAGUCUUUAUUUUCAAUAUCUGAACUCUGGCUUGACCAUCACAAGGAAAAAUCUCAGAUGAUUCUAAUGUGUAGCCAAAGUGGAAAUUGGUGUUGAUAAGAUUAUUCUGUACUACUGUGCAAAUAGGGAACGGUAUUUUAAAUAGGUUCCUCAACACAGCCCCAAGGGUGGAUUUCAAAUUCUCUUCUAUUCUACACAUAAAGUGAAUCUAGAGAGAAUAGACCCCUUAUACAUUGCUGAUGGCAAUAUAAAACGGUCCAGCCACUCUGGAAAAGAGUUUAACACUUUUUUUUAAAAAAAUUGAAUAUAAAUUUACUAUGUGACCAUAUUCAACCCCUAAGUCUAGACCCAAGAGAAAUGAAAACCUACAUCUUGCCAUAGGCUUGUACAUACAUGUUCAGAAAGCAUCAACCAUAACCUAGAAAGCAACCCCGGUGGCUAGAAAGUGUCCCCAGACAGGCGGCCAAACAGAGUGAGUCUAUCACAGGCAUAGAUGCGGUAGCUGCACAGUCAGAUGGGACACUACGUGGCAGGUUAUAUGGCGGAUUGAUGCACGCAACAGUGCGAAGACCUCCCAAAACAUCAAAAGUUAAAAGUCGAGCACAGGGCUGGAGAGAUGGCUCAGCGGGUUAGAGCACUGACUGCUCUUUCAGAGGUCCCGAGUUCAAUCCC